GUGUCGUGAGAGAUGGGUGGAGAUGGUGACCGUGUUUAUUUAAAGAGGGACAGGUUGUCACUCAGUACCUUACUCUUCCCUGCUUGCCUUGGAACUGAUUUUCGCUCUCCUCUCCUCUCCUCUACCCAUCAACUCUCUGUACACCAUGGCCUUCGCUGGAAAGUGGGAAACUGAGACCCAGGAGGGAUACGAUGAAUUCUGCAAGCUCGCUGGUAAGGCAUUUACUUAAGCUUAAUAGCCUAGAACCUAUAAAAACCUAACUAUUUGUCUUGACAUCUUGAAUUCACUUGGAUUAUGCAAUGUAUUGAAAGGGAUGUAUUCACAUUCAUUGGAGAUUAGCAGUAUCAGUGUGGAAAAAUGACAGUGCUCAAACUGUGCUCACACAUAUGAGAAUAUGAUUCAAAAUGGCCUCAUUACCCCCAGUCUAACUAUAUAUUUUCUUGUAAUCCAAGGCAUCCCUGAUGACAUCAUUGAGAAGGGUCGCGACUACAAGCUCAUUACUGAGGUGGUGCAGAAUGGCAAUGAGUUCUCAUGGUCCCAGCUCUAUCCCACCAACAAGAGCAUCACCAACAAGUUUGUAAUUGACCAGGAAUGUGACAUGGAGACCAUCGGUGGGAAGAAGUUCAAGGUAAACAUCUCUAUGAUGUGUUAUACAACUUUCAGUCUAGAUCAGGAAUUAGGGAGUUUUGUGCCUGUGUCUGUUGCGUAAGAUGCUGUAGUAUUUCAGACUCAAGUCUCAUAUAGUCACUAUAGUCAUCAGUCAGGGUCAAUAGCCGUAAAGAUGACAUUCGGACAAGAGAGACAGUUACAGUGUGUAUAUUGACAUUCAAAUUCACAUAAUGAAAUCUGCAGCAAGUGUGUCUAAUGUUUUGGAGGGUUUGAAUAGCAAAGUGAAGAUCAUAAGGGCAGCAGGUAGCCUAGCGGUUAAGCACGUUGGGCCAGUAAGCGAAAGGUCGCUGGUUCGACUCCCCGAGCCGACUAGGUGAAAAAUACGUCGAUGUGCCCUUGAGAAAGGCACUUGACCCUAAUUGCUCCUGUAAGUCGCUCUGGAUAAGAGCGUCUGCUAAACGUCAAAAUAAAUCUAUGUCUAGGGGAACUUGGAUGCAUGUAUUAUAAACGACAUCUAGAUUAAACAAACUGAGGUUGUUGGUUGAUAUAAAUUACAGUAUGAAUAAAAAUCAUUUUUGUGUCCAUCCAUUUCAGGCCACUGUUACAAUGGAGGGGGGAAAGCUGUGCACGAAAUUCCCCAAAUACCACCACAUAGCUGAAAUCAGUGGAGGAAAGCUGAUUGAGGUAAGAGUGGCACUUUGGCAGAAGAUGGUGUAUAUUAGGAGAGAGGAUAAAAUAUGUUUGGGCAGUUCAAGUGGUGUUUUACGUAUUUUUUCCCUGUUUAGACCUCAACCGUGGGCUCAGUCGUGCUGAAAAGAACCAGCAAGAAGAUCUAAAGACAUUGUGACCGUGUUAUUAACAACAACAACUCUAAUUGAAUAAUGAGUCAAUAAAAUGAGACUGCACUGCCAACCUGCCGCUUUGUCCUAUCUUAUGCCACAUAAUGGGUGACAGGAAAACGUCACAACAUUUACCCUGGGACAACCAAUCUUUUUUUUUUUUUUUUGU